AUGUCCUCGCAGAUGCUUGCCGAAUACUUACAAAGACGUGAGAAGCUCAUCGCAGAGGAUCGCGCAUUGCGUAUAGACCAUGUUCGUGCCAAUUAUACCGCGGCUGAGCUCAAGGCAGAUGAAGUCGUGCGCUCCAUCCGUGCUAGAGAAGCCGUCACUGUUUGGGGAGUUGAUCGCGAGGAUGUUCCUCACCCGUACCCAGGGAUGGAGUUUCUAAACUGGUAUGAUGUUCCCAAAGACAUUAUUUUACAGACGGACCUCUACAGUAAAAUCGUCUCCAAAAUGCCAAAGGGCGGGCUAUUACAUGUACACCAGAACGCCUCGGUGGAGGCGAGAAUGUUGCUUGAUCUGGCACUGGGUCACCCCGCGAUACAUAUUCGCGUCCCGGGCCCGUUGGAUGCGUCUUCUCUCGGAAAUGUGCUGCCCAAUAUCCGGCCGAUUCCUGUGGAACAGUAUCCCGCCGCCGACGCCGUUGGCAUCACGGAUGUUUCAUACACCGGUGGCUGGGUUCCGAUCAACAAGGCGCGAGAGUUGUUCGAUCCUGAACUAGGUGGCCCUGAAGGAUUUGAUAAGUGGGUGCUCAGCACCUUUGUGAUCAAUCCCAGCGAUGCGUUUAAAACGUACAAUACGCCAAUGAAAAUUUGGCUGAAGUUUGGGAGCACGUUUGGCGUGACCGAUCCCAUCAUCCGAUUCGUCCCGAUUCAAAAGGAAUAUUUGCGGCUGUUCAUUCGCUCAUCGAUCGAAGAUGGCAUCUCAUACAUUGAGGUACGAACCAAUUUCUUCACCAAAUAUAUACUUGCAGAGGACGCGAAGACCGAACUUGAAUUACGUGAGCUACUCUUAAUAUUCCGAGAGGUCACGAACGAAAUCAAGGCGGAGAUGAAGGCGAAAGGUCGGGAAGAUGAUUUUGCUGGGUUGAAGAUUGUCUAUAAUACCCUGAGAGUUGUCUCCCCAGAGGUUUUGGAAGCAGAACUAGAUCAGUGCUCUAAAUUCAAGCAGGAAUUCCCAGACCUUAUCGCUGGUUUUGAUCUCGUGGGCCACGAAGAUGGGCCGAAGUGUAAACCACUAAUUGAUUACGCAGAGCCGCUUCUGCGUUUCGCCGAGCAGCAUCCGGACAUCCCGUUCCUCUUUCAUGCUGGUGAAACUCUAGGCGAUGGCACUGCAGCGGACAUGAAUUUGUAUGAUGCUAUUCUGCUUGGGACAAAGCGUAUCGGACACGGUUUUUCACUAGCCAAGCAUCCCAAAUUGAUGGAAAUCUGUCGAGAGAAGAAAAUUGCAAUUGAAGUGUGCCCCAUAUCAAAUGAAGUGCUACGUCUUACCUCAUCGAUGCUUAUGCACCCCCUCCCGAUAAUCAUGAACCAAGGCAUUCCGGUGGUACUGUCUUCCGACGACCCUGCGAUGUUCAAUAAUAUGGGUUUGUCAUUUGAUUUCUUCCAGGUACUUGUAGCAAGUGAAGUUACGGGACUCCUUACUCUUGGCCAAAUGGCCCGCGACAGCAUUACCUAUUCCAUGCUUGAUGAACGGAGCAAACUGGCCGCUAUGAAUGCAUGGGAAAGACGGUGGGCCAGAUUCAUAGAAGAGGUCGCGGCGAUGACACCAUGACGCUGGUCGCAGUUUUUGCUCUCGGAUUCACUCGACUCGGAAGUAAUUACUCCGAAAAUUUAGCACCCAAGUACUUAGCCAUACCUUUACUUACGCAGACAGUAGAAAGUGCAACAUAAAUUAUUGUAGAUGUUGUAGAGAUUACUUGUCAAAUUUGUGCAAAUCUGUAAUCAUGAACCAGGCAUUCCGGUCCAAUAAUAAUACCUUCGGGUUUGCACUU